UACUAUCAUGACCCGACAUCCAAAUGCUUACCAUCAUUCCAACAUUAGUAUUCGUACUUGUUCCUCGUAAGUCGUUACUCUAUCUUGCUUUAUCCCUUUUCUCACCUUCAAGGCUUAGUCUUUUCCUCGUCUACUACUCCAUACCUAAAUAAUCUCAAUUUUUUGGUUGUGGUGUUAUUAUUAUGCGUACUGUAAAUUAGGGUUUUUUGGAAGAAAUUAUUGCUGCGAAAAUGGCGGAAGUUUUGAUAGCAUCUUCUUCUUCAUCGGAAGUCAAAGAAUUUUGGAUGGAGAAUAAAAGAGGAGGAUUGGCAACACUUUUUGCUAUUUCUAUCAUUUUUGUUUGGCAAAUUUGCAAGUUCUUUUUUCCGAUUGUUUGGCGCUUUUUUUCGGGAUCUCGACGCACUUCUCCUUCUCCUCCUCUUUCUCUUUCAUCCGAUUCAGUAUCUCUCUCUUCUGAUCGAGUGUCCGACUUAAUAUCAGAUGGUGAUUUGAAAAGUUUGAUUGAAAAUUUGGAUGAGAAUGGAAAUGAUACUGAUAAUGGAAAAUGGGAAAAUGUCACUGAGAAAAGUAGGGCUUCUCUAUUCUACAGGGCAAAAUGCUGUAAACCAAAGGAUGGGCCUCUUAAAUACUGGAGUGUGACCAUUUUCGAAAAUUGCUCUCCUGAAACUUUAAGAGAUUUCUACAUGGACUCUGAUUUCAGGAAGCAGUGGGACAAAACAGUGGUUGCUCAUGAGCAACUGCAGCUAGAUGAAAGAAGUGGAACCGAAGUUGGGAGGACUAUAAAGAAGUUUCCACUUUUGACGCCUAGAGAAUAUGUAAUGGUGUGGAAGAUGUGGGAAGACAGCAAUAAGACAUACUAUUGUUUUACAAAGGAAUGUGAACAUCCUUCUGCACCCAAACAGAGGAAGUAUGUACGUGUUGCCUGUUUUAGAUCUGGAUGGAGAAUACGGCAAGUCACUGGAAGAAAUGCUUGCGAAAUCAUAAUGGUGCACCAAGAAGAUGCUGGGUUGAAUGUCGACGUUGCGAAGAUGGUAUUUGCGAAAGGGAUAUGGAGUUAUGUCUGUAAAAUGGACGACGCUCUUCGCAAGUAUUCUUCAAUCCGAUAUUUGCGAUCAACUUCAACUUUGACUGCUAUCUCUGUAAUUCAGAAGGUUCCACGUGAGUUAGAUGCCAUGAUAACCGCAGGACCGUCAGAUCUAGCUACUGCUUCUAGUUCUAGCAGGGGCUUAUAUGGACAUCAAAAUGAUGGUUCUAAUUCACAGAAAUUCAAGAAGAAACCUUCAAAGAAAAUGAUAGCUAAUGGUUUGCUUCUUCUUGGAGGCUUAAUCUGUUUAUCCCAGGGCAACACGGGUCUAAGUGCAAAAGUCGCCAUUGCAUUUGUUCUUAGGAAGUUAAGUAAACGUGGUGCAUCAUCUGUGCCAAAAUCAGCGAAGCAAAUAAACUAGUUUGGAUGUUUAACAGUGUGUAGGGGUUCUUGAUGUCCAUUCAUUGGUCUCUCCAAUUGGUUCGAUUCUAUUCAGAGGGAAUUAAAGAAGAAUUUAAGAAGAUUGGCUUCUUUACGUACUUGGAAUUGUACAUACGACUACAAUGUAUACUUGAUGGAUUCGUUGCAAGUUGAUUCACAAAAUCAGGAGGUAGAUAAUACAGUUUAGUUUGUGCUCACUUAUUAGAUAAACAAGAGUUUUAAGAAUGUUUUAAAGCUCAAUAGUGAUUAUAAUUUUACGACUUUCAUAAUGUUGACCCGUAAUGUUGCUACAUAUUUUCUUUUCACACUGAAAAUGUCUCUGCUCUCUGUACUGUUCAGGAAGAAUAAUAUGUUGAUUAGACUCAUUUUGCCAUUGGAAAAGAAGGAACUGUGUAAUAUAAAGUGGAGGUAAAUGUUCCUUACAAUUGCCCUCAAAAUGAUCUCUGCUCGAACACCUAUAACCCGCCACAACGAAUCAUCUUAACUUCUGCUACUGACGCAAUGUCUUAAACCCUCUACCAUAUCCAUCACAACAAGCCAUUCCGUCAUAUCAAUCACCACAACAUAAGCCUCCGCCAUGCAGGUGUUUUUGGUUCCUUUUCAUACAUUUAUCUGUUGUUUCUUCGAAUUUUCCCCCUUUUGGGAAGUGUACGUGUUUGGUUUGUUUUUGCAUGUAUUUACAAAUUUCCAAAGACUUGACAUGCAUUAGGGUAAUGCUUCUUGAACAUCGGAGACUUGGGAAAGUUCGAGAUCAAGUAGCUUAUAGUGAGUAGGCCAAACAAGCAAAAAGAAUUGCAAAUCUGUUCGGAACUCGUGAUGCACCGGUUACAAACCGCUGGGCAUGACUAGAUACUUAAAGCAUUUAAAAAGCAAAGAAAAAGCAAGAAAUGCACUGCCUAGUGCCAACCGUGUUGUACGGACUAGCCCGUCUUUAGUUAUUUUGGAUUCAUGAGCAAACAAGUAUUGAGGCUCAGCUCGAUCUAAUCGAGCUAGGCGCCAGUUUUGUAUGGGCUAGACCAAAAGCCACCAUAUGCUUUCCAUCAAGAAGCAAUAAAAUUUAGUCAAGUGUGGUUAAACUCGUGCUGCACUGGUUCUUCAUUUUCCACCAAUUCGAGCAAGCUUGUAGUAAGUGGGUGAAGUUCGCACGUGCCACAUGGGUUCUAGACGAGUUGUGGUGACAAAGUUUUGAUCCGUGUACUUUUCUAGGUUUAUUCUCUUCCCAUAUGGAUUUUGUACAUGUCAUCUUAUCAUGGAAAAAACUUGGUUGAAUCGUAAGUAUAUUAUAU